AUGCAGCAGAACAACCUUUCUCCAGCCGAAGUGCGCGAAAUCAUUCGAAUUGGUAUCGGUGACGACCAAGGGACGGUGCAGAAGACCUUCCUCUCCGACCUUACCAUAGCGGGCGCACGCGUUCAAUGUCCUAAUAUCACCAGCAUUGACGAUGACUGGGCAAUCCACGGCAUGCAUAAUAUACAAAAAGGAAGCACCGAUCGCCAAAGCAGAAUGCGCAUAUCCGCCGCAUACACUCACAGGAUGUUUGCAGAAUUUUCUUCGGGUUCGAGAGAAGUACAGGUCCUCGGCAGCUUCGAGAUAUUUUCCGCCCAAGUUGCCCAGCAUAUAAUGGGGAGAGCUUCAAAUGUGUGCAGUGUGAUAGAGGAGGCCGCAGAUUUCCGGAAUACUCCAGCAUCACGGGGCUCUAGCGCAGGAGGAAGUGGAGAUGAGGGAGGUGAAUAUGAAAAAGAUGCGGGUGAGGAGCCUGCAGACGACUUAGGAGUCUUAGAUGAGGAAUACGGAUUAUCGACCGAUGCUAUGAGUUCCAGCGCUUCCAUGUCGCGCUGCACAAGCAUCGACAGCAUGGAUCAUCUCGAUAACACUAAUCGGGAUUCAACCGUUCGUGAAAUUGGUGGAGCCAGUAUGCCACUCUGGACUAAUAAUCUGGUACACGCUUCUCAGUCGCCAGCGGUCACGGAUCGAGUGAUGUCCAGUAUGUUUGCAUAUGUCGAAUUGUUCCAAGUAUACUGA